AAACUUUACACAGGAUGUUCAGGAAGCGCUGUCAAACACUUUGCCCACAUUUUACAAAUAAUGAAUUUAGUUCUUUUUCCAUCAUUUUUAUUUGUUUGUUAAUUUUUCUUUGUUACAUAUUAGGCUCUAGUCCCAUAUUUCUCAGUGCAAGUACGUAGAUUUAGGGCUACCAUACAUUUGUUUUAAGCUGUGUACGUUUUAGUUUUAAGUUGGCUUAAAAAAAUUGAAAGUGUACAUUAUGAUAUACAUUUGAAUGAGAAAUUUCAUUGAGGAAAUGUGGACUACUUUUAUUACAGCACUCUUUUGAUUUGAAAUCUUGUUUAUUCAUGUUUGAAACCUCGUGAUUGAAGUUUGUUUAUGUUUCAAAUUAACGAAUAGUUCAAUGUUAAGCUGUUCUCUGAUUGAAAGCAAAAUGUUCUUGGCACAGUGGAUCUAAAUAUUUGAAUUUAGAAAGAUAUACUUUUCAAAACUAAAGGCUAAAAGAUACUUUCCAAGCCAAAGGGAGACAAAAAUUAGACAAUGUCUCAGGGGAUUGGAAGAAGCUCUUCUUUUGGACCAGAGGUGGGACGGCGAAUCAUUCAACAAGUUAGACAGCUGCGUACAAGGUCUUUCAGGUUUCAAGGACACGAAACUCUGCUGGCGCCAGCAACCAUGAGAGACUUGCAAGAAUUUUUAACUGAGGCAGAACUAAGCGAAUAUUACUCUCCACUGUUGACCCGUUUGAAGGUUUCAACAGUAGAACACCUGAAGUAUGUCAAAGAAGAAGAUUUGGAAGACAUUGGUAUGACAAAGCCAGAGAUGAGGCGGCUAAAAAAGUUUUAUAAGAAGGAAUUUCCUCAUGGUGCGAUCAAUAAACUUCGAAAGGCUAUAUUAAGGGGAGGUGGAGAUGGAACUGCUCGCACACUCAGCCCAUCUCCACCACAGCAAAGAGGGCUACGACCUGCCUCAGUAGGGGCGCCAUACAGUAGACCUCCAGGAAAGCAGCUAAUACCUGUUGAUUCCCUUCAUUUAAAUAAGGUCAUAGGAGAGGGAGAGUUUGGUGUGGUACAGCAAGCUGUCUGGACUACAGAGACAGGAGAAAAGCUACAAGUAGCAGUGAAGAAACUUAACCGUGACAAGGUUAACACAGGCACACAGAACUUCUUAAAGGAAGUUGUUAUAAUGCAAGACAUAGAUCAUGAGCACAUUGUUCGAAUGUUUGGAGUUGUGCUAGAUACAGAUGACUCUUUAAUGAUGGUGACAGAACUAGCACCGAUGAGAUCUUUACUUGAGUGUCUGAAAGACCCACUAUUGAGGAUAGACUUUUCUGUGCCUAGAUUAUGUGACUUCAGCCAGCAAGUUUGUGAUGGAAUGAAUUAUUUAGAAAACAAGCGUCUAGUGCAUAGAGAUUUAGCAGCAAGGAACAUUUUGGUAUUUAGUAAAAGCCAGGUUAAAAUAAGUGACCUUGGACUGUCAAGAAUUCUAGGUGCUGGUCAGGAUUAUUAUCAGAGCAAGUUUAGUGUGAGUCUAAAAUUACCCAUAGCUUGGUGCGCUCCAGAAAGUAUUAACUUUUUAAAGUUUACCAUAGCAUCUGAUGUGUGGUCAUUUGGUGUUUUACUGUGGGAAAUGUUUACUUAUGGCUUUCAGCCUUGGGCAGGAUUUACUGGACAACAGAUUUUAGAAGCUAUUGAUGCACCAAAUUAUCAAUAUUUAGAACAACCAGACUUUUGUACAAGUGAACUAUAUCACUUAAUGAAAGAGUGCUGGACACAUAACCCAGAUGACAGACCUACUUUUUCUUCCAUUUUGUUAAGAUUACCACAGCUUCGACCUACACAAGUGAAAGCUUUGAAAGACUCAGUGGCAACAGAAAAAAAUGACUUGCAAUACAAAGCUGGGGAUAUAAUUGUGGUCCUAGAUAAAAGCCCAGCCACCAGUUCUCCACCUGGACUUGUCUGGAAAGGUGUCUUGUCUAAUGGGCGCAUAGGCUUGUUUGAUCCUACCAAUGCUGUACCUUUCAUUGAACCAAAGAUAAGCCCAGUAGCAGCCAAAAGUGUAUCCUUAGCUAGAAAAGAAUCUAGCAGGAAGUCUGCACGAAAAAUUCGUCCUGACAUGAUCAGUCGCCCACAAAAUGACCUAAGACACACAGGUCAUAUAGGCUAUGAUGGGGCAGUAUUUGGAGAUGUUUCAUUUAUUGGUGAUGCUUAUGACAAAUUACCAUUACGAGUUGAAGGGGGAGUUGGUUUCAAUCACGGUUCCUCUAUGUCAUCAAUACCACGUGUUCAAGAUAGUCCAGAUAGACUACCUGUCUCUAGUAACUCAGAAGAAUUUUUAUCAGAGGAAAGGAAUGGAUAUUGUCAAUCCUGGAUGAGCCGUGAGUCCCUCAACAGUCAGACUACUAUGCAUUCGGUGGAUGGCAGAUGCAGUCCAUCAUAUUACAAAGAUGUAGAGGAUGAUUCUUUAUUUUCUGACUUCAAAAUGCCAGAUUUGGGAACUUCAUUUGAUUUUGGACCUUCUUUUAUGGAUGAAGUUCUUAAAGCUUUGGAUGAGAAAGAAAAACAAGUUAGCUCUAUUUCUGAUAUCACACCUUCAGCUACUCAGAAUAAGAAUUCAGAAGUGGAGCUGCGAUUCAUGGCAGUAGAGAAGCCUGUUCCUCUACCCCGAGAGAACAGAACAUCCUCAACUUCUUCAGCUUCAUCAGUUCCUCCACUUCCGAUACAGCCUCCCCGGGUGGAAGCUCCCAAAGAAAAGAAACAAGCAAAAGUGAAACCAAUGUCAGCAUCAGAUGAACGUAUGGUAGAUAAUGCCAUUGAGAGAGCUAGAGAACUUACGUCUUAUAAGAUGAGUGAUGCGCCAAGUCCUCCAGUCAGUCCAGGAGAAAAAAAUACAUUCUUUGAAGAAGAAACCCACGGCCUAAUUUCUAGGUUGAAAAAUUCAAUCAAACGAAGUAGUCCUAAGUCUGAACAUACCAGAACUUUUUCUGAUGAUUUAGGUAAUAAAAAUAGUGUGGAUGACAUUACUCCAGAAGCACAGCAAGCUUACAAUAUGCUUGUUGUUAAAGGAUCAUUUAAAGAAACAUCAACAGAUUUACACAUUGUUUUACAUGAUAGUAAUAAAGAAAGCUCACCAAGUCAGACAUCUAAAUCUUCUCAAGAAGAUUCUUCCUCUUGGCAUGAUAUAGACAAGUAUAGCUCAAGUCCUCCAAAGCAUUCAAUACCUCCACUAGCAGCUAAUACCACACAACCUAUUCCUUUAUCAAAUAAGCCUGUAAUAUCAGCACCACAACUACAGAGUAAACCUGUGUGUGUAACACAACCUAAGUCUCACCUGAGUUCUGCUCCUGUGCCAGCACCUAGACCUGUCAAAUCUGAAAGUGUUAAGAAAUCAGAAAUACCAGUUCCAAAGCCUAGGCCAGAAAUUCAAAGAGUAGAGCCCACUGUAAGACAGUCAGUUCCUGCUUCCCCUGAUAUCCCAUCCAAAAGUGAAAGACGUAUUGAAAGUCAUAUUCCAGUGUCCACAUCUAGGGACUCGAAAGAAAAAGAACGUGAAGAGUUGAAAAAAACAAUUGAAAUUGUUCGCAUGGAGGACUCUUCAAGCUUAAAAGAAGAAUUGAGCGAUAAGGCCUCUUUUGACCGCUCAUCUCAGCGGUCUUCACAGAGGUCAUCUUUAGAGCCACCAGAUAAUAUUUCAGAAAAUGCGGAAUCUGAUCAGAGAGCAGACUGGGACCAUAGUGAAUGUUCAUCAGACAGCAGUAGGCUGGGCAGAGAUUCAGAACCAAGAACCUUCCCCAAUUCCACAUCAGUAGAGCGCAAGGAUUCUUUUAACAAAAAACAAGGAUCCACAUUGCUUUUUGAAGAAGAUUUAAGUGAGCCUUCUCCACAAGAGAUUAUGUUAAAGCUAAGGGAGCGCAGACUGAAUCGUCACAUGGAUCAUCAGAAAGCUUUGACUGAAGGGGAAGUUUCCACUGUUGCUACCACAUCUAGACCUCGACCUUCAGCACGUGAACCACAAGGUAUACCAGGCAGAUCUCCCAGUGUUGAUAAUGAGGAAUGUGCCACAGGAGAAGGUGGAGCAGAGGAAGUAGACACCAAUCCUUUGCGCAUGCUGCGUGGAGGAGCCAUCCCUAUUCGCACCGCUGGAAGAGGUACUGCAGGUACGAGUAUCAGUGGCAUUCCAGGGUCCCUGACCCUUCGUGUGCCAAGACUUAAUUUUAAUAGCCAUCUUUCCAGAGCUGAAUUUGUUGACCAGCAUCACAAUGCAAACAACAAUCUUCAGGACUAUGAUCACAUUUCUCAAGAUAACAUGGUAACUAAUAAUGGAGAUAGUGCUGCUGUUGAAGUAACUGAUAGGAAACUAGCAAUAGUUGAUUCUCAGUCUUUUUCAAUCUUAGAGCCAAACAACUUGUUACAAACUAAUACUAGCGUAACAGAAUUAGAGACUCACUCACUCACAGUGUUAUUAAAUUCAAAAAGCUCUUAUCCAGUGGUUGAAAAUUUAAGCCUCAAAACAGCUGAAAUAGAAUCAUCUACUCCUCCACCCCGCCCACCACCAAGACACUGUCAAUCAGUAUCUGAUAAUCAUUCUUGUGAACUCCCCCUACCUGGACAGUUGUUUAAUAAUAGCACAAUAAGUCAAAGUACUAAUGAACUUCCUCUACUUCCACCUAGGCACCCCCAGCCAGGGAGCACACCUCUUAACAGCCGCCCUAGAGAAAGAAAAUAUCCUCUUCUUAUUAGUCCUUCUUCCUUGCAACAAAAUCUUGACUUUCAACCUCCAGAACUGCCACCAUCAAGAAAAUCUACUUCUUCCAUUCCCCAUUCUCCAGUAAAACAUUUACCUUCUGUGUCCGCUCAUAAUCGGCAAACAUCUAAACCUCUGCCUCCCUUACCCUUGUUUUCAUCUUGCAUUACUUCCAAUAGUAUUUCAAAACCUGCAGUCAAACAUUCUUUGAGUGCACCAUUAGGUCAACCUGAACUCAGAAAAGGUCUGAGUGUUCACUUUGGUAACUCUGUUGAUACUUGUAACAGUUUCUAUGACUUAGGUUUGCCCCCAGCCUAUGACUUUUCCGAUUCCUGUCCAGAUGAUUCUGACUGCACUGCUGACUCUGAACCUACACAUAUGUUUCUGGACCCUCACCAUUCUCCACCUGUGCAUGGUUCUUCUCUUGAAGAACCUACCCAUGUUCCUCUUUCUUCAUUGUCUUGUAAUAAGCAUUCAUGGACCAACGCUUUCGUACGUCCUUCACCUCUUACCUCUAGAGCAACUUUUCCAACUAGAGUAUUUGAAAGAAGCUUAAGCUCUGGUCAUGAUGUGAACAGUUUUACUCUACUAGAUAAUCAAAGUCCUCCUGCUGAUUUACCUCCCGCACCACCUACUCCUUCUUAUAGAGAAAAGCUUGGCCUGGAUUUCAAAAGACCAAAGGUAUCAAGAAGUAUAUCCCACAAUCCUAGUCAGAGCACAAUCCAGAGCUCUCACCUUGUCGGACAUAGCACAUCUUUUCCAAAAUACAGAGUGCGAUCUGCUAGUGAUACAUCUCCUCUUCUUACACAUUCAUCAUCUCAGAAUGCCUUCUGUUCUUUCCUUAAUAAUGAAGUUGAUGAUGAUGAUGAUGCUUUUUUUGCAGAAGCACCUUGUUACCCACAUCCUUAUUCCCAGACCCCAUUUCAUCCAAUAAUUACAAACUCCACUGUCACUCCGCUUAUCUCACUGUAUCACACAUCAACUACUGGUACAUUAAAGCUAGUCACAGAAUCUGAACAACUCCUUUCUUCCCGCACAUCUCAUAAAGUGAGUCAUAGUGUAAGGAGUAAACUCAAUUUGCAUAGUAACAAGCAUGUAGCAGCGAAUUCUGGUUUUCCGAUGAAUCUCUCAGAUGACAUCAGCUCAAAAGAAGUUCCAACUGCUCCUCAAAAACAGCACAAAAGUACCAAGGCAGCUGCAGCAGUAUUUUUUAAGUUCCCUUGUGUGAGUGCCUCCACUAGCAGCAAUGAAGCUACAUCACCACCAACAACAGCAGCACAUUUACCUUCUAAUCUAGACUGCAGUCAGCCAAUAUCUCCAAAUGACUAUUCCAGCAGUUCUGAUGUCUCACCUUUAAUGUUUACAAGUUAUAGCAAUGCCUCCAGUGCCAGCUAUGAAGACUUGAGACAGUUUGCUCUAGAUAGGCAGAAGAAUUGCCAAGAGAUAGAGACCUUGCUCAAACUAUUUCCUGAUCAGGUGACUGUGGAGGAAUGCUUGAAAGCCUUAGAAAGUACUCAAUGGGAUGUGAACAAGGCCAGCAAAUAUUUACAACUCAAGAGACUUUUUUCAUUAGGCCUUGCUGAUGUCCAUAAAUGUAAGCAGGUUCUAGCAGCUUGUGGCUGGAAUCUUCAACAGGCAGCAGAAAGUCUCUUAGAGUCUUGUAAAACUUCUGCCAGUUCCCAAGUGACUUCAUCUACUUCAAGACUAGACAUGUUUCAUUUCCCAGCAGCAUCAGGUUCAGCUAGUCCAGAUAUUUUAGAUGUGUGAUGAUGUUUUCUAGUUAGACAAGAUGUUGUUAAUGCUUUAUUUUUCUUAUUUAUUCUUGAUGACUCAUGUUGGGUUUUUCCCUGCCUCAAUCAAUGAGAUACCAUGGCAUGCAGUAGAUGAUAUACAAUUUACAUUAGUAUAAAAAUGUUUUGAUUUCAAAUAGUCAAAUAUUGGAAAGGACCACAUUUAAUUUUUUGUUUGUUUGUUUGUUUUGCUCAGUGACCAUAUAAUUUUGUCAUUAAAAAAGCGUGCAUAAAAAGUUGUUCUAUGGAAACCUAUUGAAGCUGUCACAUAAUGUAUAUAUCAUGUAUAUUAGUAUUUGUAACACCUAAUGUCUAUAUGUGUUGUUCAUAAAUGUCAGAUUCUAUUUUAAUUGUUGGCAUAGUUCAGCUAAUGGGACCUUACAUUAGAUCAUGUAAUCCUAUUCUAUCUAUGGCUCUGAUGUAUGUCUUGUUUGACAUUACUUUGAGAGAACAUAAUAGAUAAUCAUUUAAUUUGUGGCACUGACUGGAAACAUAGUUACUUCAAGUAAAAGUCAGUUUUGAGAAAACAAAACAAAAAAUGUGAUAGCAUAAUGUAAAGAAAGCUUUAGGGUUGUAACUUAGUCUCCUCAUUUUGUUGAAGAAAACAAACACAUGGUUAAGCCAUCUUAAGGGAAAGGAUCAAAAUAAAAGCUGAAAUGUCUUUUAAUGUGUUUUUGUUGUCCCUUCAUUCAAACUUGCUGAACUAGAGGCAGAGAUUAGGCCAGAGUAUUGUUCCAUUAUGUGGUUAAACAUCAUUAAAUAUGAGAAACACUUAUUUAUGUUUUAUGAUAGUCUUGUUAACAAAAAAGUAUUUUAUUUCAGUUUUGUUACUUAAGCAAAUUUAUCUGCAACAAAACACUUCAAGCAUGCAAAAGAGAUUUUAAUGAGGUUUGCCUUACCUUUGACUAAUAGACAAUUCAAAUAAGAAUUUACACCCUGCUUGUAUAUUUUUUCUCAAAGUAUGCUUCCAGCUACUGCUAUAGGAUCAAAAAGUAAAACAAUUUUGAAAAUAAUUUUGCUUUCAAUAAGAAUGAAUGGAUUGAGUGUUUUAGAAAAUUUCAGUGGAAAUAAUUACAUUUAGCAGAAAAGGUUGUUAACCUUAAUUGAGAUGAUCUCUAAAGCUUUUUUUUUUUCCUUUUCUGAUUACCACUGUCUUUUGAGAAUUUAGUGCUAAUUUAAAAUAGGCACUCUCAUACAUAAUUAUAAGCAAGCAUUCCUUAUUUAUAGCCUUGAAGGAACUCUAGUUGAGGGGGGAGAAAAAAAGUCUUGGUGAUAUUUGAUAUUCAGUGUUGAACAUUUUAACUUGAAUGUAUGCAAUUUGUCAAAUUAAUUAUUUAGAAAUAUUCAUAGACGUUUUUAAUAUGCAGACUUCUUAUGGAAGGAAAUUAGAUAUUUUGUUCCAAAGCUAGUGACUAAACCUCCUAUGAAAAGCUAAACUGAACUUUGAAAAUGAUCAUUUAAUGAUUUGUAUUCACUAAGACAAAAUUAUCUUGACUUUUUGUGAAGUACAUGAAUUGAAAACCUUGCAGCCUUCUCUUGUAUUAAAUUAUAUUUCAAUAAAAACAAAGCCACAUAAUAGAGAAAGAAUAGAAUCUCUUUCUUGUCAUUAUUUUCACUUGUAAAUAACUUAUUUAAUUGUCUCCUUUAUUCAUGUUUUAAUUAAUCCACUACAAAAUAGGUCAUUUUGAAAUUGAUACUUUUUGAAUAAGGAAAUUUUAUCAAAAACAAUAUCCAUCUAGCUUAUUAAAAAGCAGAAAUGGUUUCUAUUGUAAACUCUUGCUAUUCAGUUUUGAUUUAAUUUCAGUAUAUUUUCAAAGACUUCUAUCAGGAUCACAAUGUAGGAGGGGAAAUAAUGUAGAAAUAAAUGUAUGUGUUCAUUCAUUUUAUUGAAAAAGGUUUUCUAUGCAUUUGAGAUUUUUACAACUUUUGAAAUGGACAGUUUUCUAAUAAUUUCAUCCUAUCUAUGAGCCACCUUAAUAUUCUUGUUUAUUUGUAUUCCCAAAAGAUCCAUCCAUGGCAAUGGCUUUUUAUUAUUUUUAUAUUUUCAAUGAUGACCAGUCAUUAUAGAGUUAUUCUGGAAAAUAUGUCUAAAAUAGUUCCCUAGUUAUAUGUUAAUACAUUCUAUUAUGUUACAUUAACAUAUUAAGUGCUACAUGAAAGAAUCUAAUGGUUUAAAUUCCUGUGGUAACUAAACCACUUCCAAAAAAUAUAAAUGCCUCACCAAUACAUGUACAUAGAUAAACAGGAAGUAGUUGCCAUCUUGGAGGUUAUUACAUGGUAGUUGGCAUAUCUGGAUCUUCAAAACAUCUUGUACGUUAUUGCAACAACAUUAAAAAAAACUAUGCUUUGGACAAUAUAAGAAGAAAGAAAUACAUUAGAAUGUGUAUGUCUGAAGCAUUUUAAAUAUUUCAAUGCUUUAAGUGGACUGUAUUGUUAGAUUUUCAGCAUUAAAAGCUCAAUUAUUAUAUUUUAUCCUGAUGAAAUUUGAAAAAGAACUCUCCAUUAAUGAAGUUGUAAAGUUCUAGAGCAUAACAAAUUUGUUUACAAAACCUUGUUGGGCUGUGAAAUACAAUGAGUGGUGUGACAUAUCCUAUUGAUGUGAUUAAUAUCAUUCACAGACAUUUUUCUGAUGUAUUUGUUGUUGUUCCUGUUAACUGGAUUCAAGUUUCACUAUCAGGUUAUUUUGCACAGAAUUCAAUAAACUAUAAACUACUUCAAACAAUUCUUUUUAAAAAAAUCUGAAUUUGCGUGUUAUCCUGUGUAAUGAUUACAUUUCAAUAAUGAAAUGGAUUUAUGAAAUGUAACCUAGAGCAUGCUUUAAUCAUUCUAGUGUAUUUUCUGUGUAACCUUUGUGCAAACAUUGUGCUAUGUUCAUAACUAUUUGAUUCAUUUUGUUUACUUGCUUAUAAAAUGUUUUUAAAAUAACUCAUUUUUAAAUAUCAUAUUUUUUAGGAGAACUAUUGCAACUGUUGUAUUUAUUUUUUUUUAAAUGUCUUACAGAUUCUAUGAGAAAUUAAUUAACUGAUUGAAAACGAUCAGAUUGUCUUCCUCUUAUUACUAGUACUCUAAUUAUUAUGAAACCUUUUUUUAAAAAAUUCUAGCUGUUAAAUUAUUAUUAUUAUUAUUAUAGUUUGCUGCUGUACUUUAUUGUUUCAUGCAUUAUUAACAAUCCCAUUAAGAAGAUUACUGAAACAUUAGAUUAGAUCACACAAAUUUGUGUUCACUUUGGCAUUACAUUUUAUUUCUCAUUGAAUAGAGUACAGUGAAUCCAAGACAUUGAAUUCUAGUUGUGAAUUAGCUAAAAGUAAAGUACCGGUAAUGGUAGUUUGCAUUUGAAAAAUGUAAAUAUUUUAUUUUAAGCACUACUAGAACACACUAUAUUUAAUCCCACCUACAUAGCAGGAAUCUGAAUAGAUAACCAGAUGCAGAUGCUAGGAUUCAUGAAGAAUAUAAAGAACAAAUACUGUUAGGGAUGGAAAUAUAGUGGAACACUUCUAAAUAUCAGCAAUUAAUUUCAAAAUAAUAAACUCUUUGUUACAAUAAACUCAUCUUAUCUUAUAAAUGUUCAUUCUUAACAGAGGAUAAUUACUUUCUAAUUUCUAGGCCAGUGCUCUAAAUCAUUUGAACUAGUUCUUAUAGUGCUAUUUGUAUAUGGCUUAUUUUUAACAUGUAGCUUUUUUGUUGUCUAAUAUAAAAAUAAAGUAUAUUUUGUGACAUGUCAA